AUGAAGGAAGAGACCUUCGCCUCGACAGACGAGAUCCAAUUGGCACAGCUUGGUCAUGGACAAUCCUUCAAGCGAACCUUUAGUCGUUGGACAAUGCUAGGCCUGGCCUUUGCCAUCCUGAAUUCAUGGACUGCACUGGCUGCCUCUCUUUCCCUCGCAUUGCCAUCUGGUGGCUCGGUCUCAGUUAUAUGGGGGCUCGUCACUGCUGGAGUCUGUAACUUGUCCCUAGCCGCCAGCUUGGCCGAGUUCCUGUCCGCGUAUCCUACCGCCGGUGGCCAAUACCACUGGGUCGCUAUGGUGGCUCCUCCGUCUGUCAAGAGACACCUAUCAUGGGUCACGGGCUGGAUCAACCUAUCGGGUUGGGUUGCUCUUGUUGCGACGAACAGUUCUCUCGCAAGCACUCUGAUUAUCAACAUCGUGGCGCUUCUCUAUCCCGAGUUUGAACCUCAACGGUGGCACCAGUUCUUGAUAUAUCUUGGCAUUACGUUUCUAGCAUUCUGUGUCAACGCUUUUCUGGUGUCACUAUUGCCGAGGAUCAACAAGUUUGCGCUGAUUUUCAGCAUUCUUGGCUUCUUCAUCAUUUCAAUCACCCUUCUUGCUUGCGCAGCGCCAGAUUUUGCGACGCCUGAAUAUGUCUUCGCUACGUUUAUCAAUACGACGGGGUGGCCAGAUGGAAUUGCUUGGCUUCUUGGUCUCCUACAAGGAGGCCUGGGUCUGACGGGCUUCGACGCGGUGGCUCACAUGAUUGAAGAGAUCCCCGACGCAGCUCGUCAGGGGCCGAAGAUCAUGCUCGACUGUCAAUACAUCGGAAUAACUACAGGGUUCUUGUUCUUGGUUGUUCUAUUGUUCGCAUCUGGUGGCGUUGACAAUGCUCCGGACGUGAUUGGGUCUUCUGCUGGACCACUGCUAGAGAUUUUCUAUCUCGCAACGAACAACCGAGCAGGUUCCGUGUGUCUUCUUAUGUUCCCGCUCCUAUGUUUGGUGUUUGCUGGAACCGCUUGCUUGACAACUUCGUCACGCAUGAUAUUUGCAUUUGCAAGGGAUGGCGGGCUCCCUGGCUCGAAAAAGCUCUGGGAAGUCCACCAUGCACUCCAAGUGCCUUUGAAUGCUUUGUAUGCCAACGUGGGAGUCGUCGUCAUUUUCGGAUGCAUUUAUCUUGGUUCAACAGUUGCAUUUAACGCUAUUAUCGCAUCCGCAGUUGUUGCUUUGGGGCUGAGUUAUGGAAUACCAAUAGCCUUGAACUUGGGAUACCUCCGACGAAAGCUUCCGGCAAGAAAGUUUACGCUCCCCGACUGGAUUGGGUGGACUGCUAAUAUCAUUGGUGUGGUUUACACCAUUGUCACCACUAUCUUGUUCUUAUUUCCUCCAUCGGUUCCGGUUGACGGCACAUCAAUGAAUUACUGUGUCGUGGCCUUUGCUAUCAUCAUCAUCAUCUCAUCAUUCCAAUGGGUAGUAGACGGAAGGAGGAAUUUUGGAGGGCCCCGCAUAACAAUCGACGGGGAGGUUUCCCAAGGACUAGGCGCAUCUUCUCGACAGGAGUAA